GGGGAGCAAGACUUAACACCGAAAACGUUGAAUGGCGUUAGGCUCAAGAGCUGAACGUGACCGCUGCGCUCUUCGUGAUGGCUUCGGACAAGGCGGCGAAGGAACUAGAAGAAAUCCCUGAGAUGAGGACGUUUGAGGGUUUCAUUCGGAGAUGUGAACUGCGCGUGUUUUCCUUGCAAAGCCCGAGCAGAGCCAUCUAGCCAUACAUAUCAAGCUAUAAUACUCGGCUGCUCAACACGCAACAUCUAAUAAGCUCCAAAAAAGCCACAGUAAGCAAAAAAGCAAGCUUAAAUCACAACCAUCAUGGCCGUCACGCCCGUCUGGUUCAUCACCGCCGCCUCCUCAGGCUUUGGCCACGCCAUUGCCGUCUCCGCCCUCCGCCGCGGCCACAUUGUCAUCGCCACGGCCCGCAACCCAUCCCGCAUCCAAGACCUCGCAGCCGCAGGCGCCCACACGCUCGCCUUCGACGUCACGUCCCCCCUCUCCACCAUCGAGGGCGUCGCCAGGGAUGUCUUUGCAAAGCACGGCCGCGUGGACUACCUCAUCAACACUGCGGGCUUCAUGCUCGAGGCUGCCAUCGAAGAGGCCACCCCCGAGGAGGUGUACGAGAGCUUCAACACAAACGUCUUUGGCGUGACGAAGACGAUCCGCGCGUUUCUGCCGCACAUGCGCGCGCAGGAGCUGGCCGACAAUGGAGUCCGCGGCGUGGUGGCCACGUUUGGCAGCCUGGGCAGCUGGCGGGGCGGUGCUGGCGGAGGAGUCUAUGCCAUGACCAAGUGGGCGUGCUCUGCGCUGGCUGAGUCGCUGGCUCCGGAGCUGGAGCCGUUCAAGAUCAAGGCGACGGUCGUGGAGCCGGGCUACUUCCGCACUGGGUUCCUCAACCCGGGGACGCUGGUUUCGUCCAAGGUGCGCAUUGAUGCGUAUGAGGACGAGAGCACGCCCACGGGACAGAUGAGGAGGCGCCUCGUGGCGACGGAUGGAAAUCAGCUGGGCGAUGUGAACAAGGGGGCCGAGGUUGUGGUGGAUAUGCUGUCGGGCACGGGCGUUGCAAAGGGGCGCGAGCUUCCUGUGAGGGUUGUGCUGGGGAGUGACACGGAGCAGGUGAUUCGGGGCAAGAUUGAGAGCACCAACAAGAUUCUCGAGGAGUGGAGUGAGGUUUUGAGAAGCACCGACCAUCCUUCCAGCUAGGCAAGGGGGGUGUCUGAUUGGUUUAGUCCGCAUAAAAGUUGGCGUAUCUGCGCAGUCGCCAUACAUAGGUACAUGUGUGGAAUAUGAUGG